AUGUCUUGGUUCGGCGUCGUCCCCUUCAAGAAGUUCCCGGCUCCUUUCCUGAAGCCUUACUGGCCUUUCUUUGCCGCCGGCCUGGUUAUUGCUUAUGGCGCCAACUCUGCCCAGAACGCCAUGAUGGCCUCCGACGAGUGGAAGAACGACCCUCGCAACCCCAACGCCAAGGCGGCCCCCAAGGCUCACUAA